AUGAAUGGUAAACGGCAGCGUCAAUUUCAACUCGUCAUUGUACACGGCGCGAAUGACGGCCCUGAGAAGCGAGGUGCAGUCUACGACUUUUGGUCUGCACGCUUUCCUGUAGCAUUUAUUACAAAUAUUCCCUUUCUGACGGAAACUCCUGCAUGGGGAAAUACCGGGCUGUCCGAAAGGGCAUUGGAACUAUUGAGAGAGGUUGAGAAAGACCGAAGGUCUAAAGCCUUGCUACUUGCACAAAACGAUAAAAAAUACGGACAUCUAGCAUUUGAUACCGCGCUCGUGGUUCUCUACGAGUGUCCUAAUCCAAGAGGAAACAUCUUAUUAUGGCAGAACGACGCGCUUAGGCUGCUAUUGGAUUCCGACUUUGGCUCUUGCCAGCCGUCGAAACUGCUGCACGAGCUUCCGAUUGUGUUAGAAGAUGUCUCAAGAAGAUUUUCUGGUAUUGAUGCACACUACAACAUAAUCACUGACUCAGACGAUGAAGUUUUAGACGAGGAUGCGUGGGUGACCACCAGAAUCAUUGUCCUGGGCGAUGAAGCAUCAGAUGAAGAUCUGUGGAUGCCGUCUGUGGAGCACGAGACCACGGAACGAAUGGCAGUUAAAAUAAGUUUAGCUGUGGAUUUCAAAUUGCGUUCCCUUUCAGAAGAGUUCUUGAACUUUGUCACGACACUGUCUAGAGUGGAUACCAACAACUACCAAUUGCAGCUUGUUGAACCUUCCGCUACCUUGUUGCAGAAAAUGACGGAACAUGCAUCUUAUGUUGCUUGGAGUGACUUUGGUCCAGAAUCAUCCAGCAUUCUCUACAUAUAUGGACUUCAUGGUGACAUAAAUGCUAGAUCUGCGUCGACCCUAUUCUUUCACUUCCAAAAAUACUCACCGAAGCCGAUUAUCGCUACAUUCGCGUUUAGCGAAAGAGACAUUAGGACUCAAAGCAUAUCGACUUUUUAUGCCUCAUUAUGCCGCCAGCUGCUACUUCAUGAUCCUAAAUUAUAUCUACCAGUGUCAUUUAUUGCUGAAACACUUUGGCCAAAUCAGCGUUUCCGUCAUAAGACUAUUCGCAAUGUUCUGCUUACGAUUAUUAAGACGUGCAUGCCUCGACCAGUCAUCAUCAUGAUUCAUGGAGCUCAAAAUUGUUCUUCAAGCCUCGUGGAAGAUUUAAAAUCCCUAGUUGAUGAGUCUAGGCGGUCAGCAACAGGCACUCUGAAACUCGUUAUGCUGGAUGAAGAAUCGAACAAACGCGUUUCUCAGUACUCGCAUAGCUAUUGUAUUGAUCUGGGCAAACAAGAUCGGUACAUGCCUUUUUUGGAGACUUUUGUGCGAGAAGAAACGAAUGAAGUCGUGGAAAACAACCUUCAAUUCAGCGAUCAUCGCGAUGCAAUCUUUAACAUUCUAUUUAGCCAGCCGUACGACUUCAAUCGCAUUGCUCUUACUACCAAGUUCAUAGCGCUAGAAUCUGAAAGUAUUCCAUCCACCAAAAGAGCGACAGCUAAUGCACUCCAAAACUUACCGACAAGUCCCGACAGUUUAUAUUCAGCAAUACUGGAGCAUUGCAAAAGAAAGUGCAAAAUGCCUUUUGAUUCACUAUGGAUGUGGAUUCUGAAUUCAGUGAGGCCGUUGACACUUGGAGAAUUAGCCGUUGCUAUUGCAAUUAGCUCUUCACAAGAUAUGAGUCUCGAAGACCUCGAGCUAGAGAUACCCCGUCCAAUUGCACGCUACCUACAGUGUCUCAAUGGGGCUCUCAUAAAGAUAUCCGACUUGCAAGUUGUACCAACUUUUACAAAGUUGGAUCGCACUACAGAAGAGGCCAAAAAUGAAUACAACUUCAUCAUCCUUGGCAAAUGCAUAGAUUAUCUCAAGAUGAUUCUUGAUAUCGCCAAACUUCAGCAAGGCGAAGUAGAGAAUUUUCGUGAGAUAUUCUAUGGCCCGGAAUACGGUUUUGUGGAAUAUGCAGUUGUUGAGUGGCCACAGCACUAUGCAAGGACCAACAAAGACUGUAAGCAAGAUCGAGUGAAGGAGCUGUUCAAUAAUGAAGGCUGUAUUAAAGCAUGGUUCAGUUUGUACAAACUGUACACAGCUUCUUCAGCUGGCACAAUUUCACAGUUGGAUAGCCUUUUGAAAAUAGCCUGCUGGUUUGGGUUUGCUGACCUUACCAAACACCUGAUCCAAGAAGUACUAAAAAAGGACGACUACGAGAUGGAGCUGUCAGCAUCGCUUGAUACGGCAGCCGAAAGAGGCCAAGAAGACAUCGUUGCUCUACUAUUAGACGCUGGUGCCCGAUCCAAGGACGCCAUGAAUUUGGCGGUUGAUGGCGGCUUCACGAGUAUGGCUCAAAAGCUGUCUGAGAUUGAUCCAAAUAUGAUCCAUGCCGAGUAUCUAUUUGAGAGAUCGCCGCUCAUGAUGGCUAUUUUGAACGGAGACGAACAUGUGUCGUCUUAUCUGAUAGAACGCGGCACAAAGUGCGACAUCAUGAUUCGAAACGAUACAAGGCCGCUACAGUUGGCAGCUAGCUUGGGACAUGUAGGGAUUGUUAAUUUGCUUCUACAAAAGAAUGCUGAUAUACAUACUUUGUCCGCAACGGGCCUCAACGCACUUCACUUUUCUGCUGCUGGAGGAUUUGACGACAUAUCAACAAUCUUGAUAAGUGCGGGAGUGCCGAUAAACCAGAAAGACGUCAACGGCAUGACGGCACUUCACUUCGCUGCGAAGCACGGACAGUCUUCUACAAUCAACAUUCUCUUGAACGCAGGAGCAGAGCUUGACGCUAUUACGAGUGAUGGUUAUUCGCCAAUUCAUAUUGCGGCAAAAGGAGGCUUUUUGUCCAUCUUGAGAGAGUUGAUCCAAAGGCAGAGAGGACCAGUCCCGGAGAAGUCUCCAAAAGAUUCAAUGGCUCCUACGAAUUCGCCACUUCAGCUAGCAGCCCAAUAUGGGCAUGGCGAGGUCGUUCGUGAGUUACUUCAACAGAAGCAGUAUAGUCUAGACCAAGAUCGUGCGGCUUCGCUGCUGCUCGCCGCCAAGGAAGGAUUUGUCGAAAUUGUCGAAAUGCUACUAAAUUCCUCCAUCACGGCACAUGCUUAUGACGAAGAUGAAAAUACCGCGCUCCAUCUCGCAGCUAAGGGAGAUUAUUCUGACAUUGUCGAGCGGCUUGUGGGUUAUAACUCGGAAAUGUUUGAUACCGGAGCACGCAAUUCUUUCGGUUGGACGCCAUUGCAUUUUGCAGCUAAAUCUGGCCGUCUAGUGACACUACGGAUACUGCUUGAUCAUGGUGCAGAAUUGAGCGGCUGGGACAAAUUCGACCAGACAGUUUUUCAUAUUGCGGCUUCCCAUGGCCACAUAUGGAUUCUAUGUGAGAUUUUAAACAGACCAGAGCUUAGAGAGGAAGACCGUUGCCUCAUCUCGGCGCCAAAGAGUAAUGGCGAUACUCCAUUUAUCUUGGCUGUGCGAAAUGGCCACUUGGACGUCACGAAAUAUAUCUUGGACACAAUUCCAUUAGAUAGGUGCGAAUUCUCGUUUUACCAGGGACAGGAAAACGCCCUCAUUGAGGCUGUUAAGAUGCGACAUGUCAAUCUUGUCAGUUUGCUCCUGUAUUAUGAUUGGGAUAUCAAUGAGAAUAAACCGACAACGGCUCUUCAUUGCGCCGUCAGAGCCGUGGAUCAUGAAAUGAUUGAUAUGCUCCUAAGCCAAGGAGCAAACCCCAAUGUCUUGGAUUGCGAGUCUCAAAGUCCGAUCCACAUGGCAGCUCAAAGGUACCCGCAGGCUCUCGAAACGCUGCUUGAAGACAGAGAAAGAGUGAAAAUAAAUAUUGAUUUACAAGGCGAGGCAGGAUGUACGGCAAUUUGGCAAGCAUCGAGGGCUGGCAACCAGACAGCAGUUGAGCAGCUUCUCAAACUAUCUCCAGAUCUCGAAGUCAAGAAUGACAAUGGCCAGACAGCACUGCAUGCGGCUUCCGACAAUCCCUUGUUGACUAAGCUCUUGCUUGAUGCCGGGGCAAAUCCAAUGGCGCUUUGCAAUUCUGGCAAAACGCCCUUUAUGUUGGCAGCAGAUGAAGAGAACGGGCAUCUAGUCAUACAGCAUUACAUCGAUCAUGAUGUUGAGUGCGAUUUUAAUGUUCAAGAUAAACAAGGCAAAACGGCGUUGCAUAUCGCGGCGACGAGCGGAACACUCGAUACCGUAAAGCUCUUAUGUUCCAGCCACAGCAGCAUCACCGCUAGGACAAAUCAGGGCGCGACGGCUCUUCAUUAUGCCGCGCUGUCUGGGAAACUAGACGUCAUUGAAUAUCUUAUCAAAAAAGGGCUGGAUAUCAAUUCCAACUCCAACUCAAUGGGCACGCCGCUCAUGUCUGCAGCAGCGGUGAACGGAGUUGAUGCUGCCAGGUUCCUACUAGACAAUGGUGCAGAGGUCAACUUGGCAAACGACGAGAGUAUUUUCCCCUCUGCGCUGCAAGCUGCCGCUGCAAACGGUGCAGAAUGCAUGGUCCAAAUGUUUCUGGAAGCUAAAGCCGAUCCGAAUAUCUUUGGCGGAGUGUAUGGCAGUUGUCUUUGCGGCUCGGUUCAAGCUGGGAAUGUUGAAAUCGCACGCCGGCUGCUUGAAGCUGGUGCUGACAUUGACUACGAAGGGCCAAAGGGCACGGCGCUUGAAUGUGCAAUUGCUUGCGGAAAUUCUGACUUGAUAACGUUGUUAUUGGAGCACAAAGCUGACGUAGAUAUUCCAAGCAAAAGGAAACGUGACAAUCUGCUAAUGCAGGCAAUACUCAAGAAUAACAUUGACAUUGUCAAGAUAUUGCUGGAGCACGGAGCAGACGCCAAUCUAAGCUCACCUAAAGGAGGGAAACCAGUCCAAGCCACUAUUUGCAAAGGCAAAGAGGAUAUAUUUCUUCUGCUCCUUGAGAAGGGCGCUCAGCUUGCCUUUAAAGAUCAGUGGGGACGAGGACCACUGUCCACCGCCAUGGUAAAGAGAGUCCCUGAUUUGCUGCCACAUCUAUUGCAACAUCCGGACGUGGACGUUAAUGAGCGAGAUGCCGUGGGUCGAACUCCGCUGAUGUUGGCAAUUCGCAAUGGCGUUUACGUGAUCAAAGGCCUACAAGACCACGGAGCUGAUAUUGAUGCUCAAGACAAGUGGGGGAAAACGGCUCUCAUAUACGCCAUUAUUCGCGGCGACGACUCCAUGGUCGCGAAGCUCGUCAAGAGUGGUGCAACGUUGGGCUUGAGAGAAAACGGCUCUCAUAUACGCCAUUAUUCGCGGCGACGACUCCAUGGUCGCGAAGCUCGUCAAGAGUGGUGCAACAAGAUUAAGGAUCGAGAUAUUCAUUAUCGAAGCCUUCAGCACGUUUUCAACGCCACAAUUGCACUCAAUGCGCAAGCCCUUGCUAAACAGCUUUUGAGUCUUAUUUUUCCGAAUCCUUGUCAGAUUGAUUAUAACGGAUGGACAUUUGAUGAUACUGCAACGAGGUACGAAAAUCAUGACGUGACAAAGCUGAUUGGAGAGGUAGUUGUCAGAAUCAAACAGACUUCCUUGGGAAGGCGGCUGAAACCUGUUAAAAUCCCUACCAAAUGGCAUCCUUUGGAUCUAUCGCCGGCACUGAAAGCCUCGCCAGACGGAACCUCGCUUACUGUUUCCGAGGAUUUUCGACCGCCAGACAAGCUUGUUGAUACAAACGGCAUAGCGCGAACUGACCACCCCAUGUGGCCACAGCAAGAUGGAGUGUAUUAUUUUGAGAUCAAGAUUGAACAUGAGGGCGACGGUUCUGGACGAUUCGCUAUUGGCUUUUGUGGCGAACAUACGCCUCUGGGCGGCCCUCAGCUUGGACGGGAGAAGGUAUCUUGGGGUUACAAUGGUGACAGUGGUGAAACGUACCAGUGUGGCGUCCAGACUCCUACUCCCUUUGGAGAGGUUUACGGCGAAGGCGAUGUCAUUGGAUGCGGCGUCAAUUUCGACAAAGAUAUUGCCUUUUAUACUUUGAAUGGAGAAAUAAUCGGCAAGUAUAUCAACAGCCCCUCCUUCCCUUCUAAAGAUGUUCACAGCACUAAUGACCAGGCUAAAUAG